AUGGCUGAUGUCAUCUACGACUCAAUUAUGAAAAGAUGCCAUUUAAGAGAGAAGAUUUUACAAAACAGAUUAGCAAUGGCAAAACAAUCGCCCGACGCCGUGGGUAAUUUGGUAAAAGAAACAUCAGGAUAUGUUGGUAGAGUGAUGGAAGAAGUAUUCUAUAUUGCUAAAUGCAGAGCUGUUGUCGUAGACUAUAGAAAGGCUUCAGAAUGUUAUCGAGAACUUCCCGUGAUCUAUCUGAACAGAUCACUAUACAGAACUGCUAUUACACACAUCCUAGUUGAACAUGGAACCAAAGUAGAAUGUCAACCACUACUUCCAGUGAAUUUUAAGUUGGAAAAUAACUGGAUAGAAGUAACACCUGACCUAAAGCGCACCACCGAAGCUUUAGAAUUAGAUGCCAAUGAUGAAGAAGACAAACUAUCAAUGCCAAGUAUUUCUAUCUCUCCUAUCAGUUUGAAUAGAAUUUAUUCCAAGGAAGACAUGGAAAGUUUCCAGAAAACUCUCUUAUAUCCAAAUACCCGAAAAGCAGUAACUAAUCAAGUAGCCCGAAGGAUCAUAGCCCUCGAUAGCUCAGACCCUUAUCACAUGCCAAAUCUUUUUAGUAAAACCGAAUUUACAAAUAUAGCACAUUCCGCUGUCGAGGAAGUGUGGGGAUUUUUAUCCAAAAUGGGAAAAUGA